AUGUUCAACCCUCUGCUUUGGCCACUAGUCAUGGCGCUUCUAGCCAUGCUUUUUGGCCCCGCAGCUGCUCACUCGUCCCAGAGAACCCAGCCUUUGACGCAUCUAUCACCAGUCCUCAAUCUUGAAAUAAACACUCCAGAUCAUACAGUUGCCCCAGAAGACUCCUUUUCAAUCACAUUAGAAAUCCCAUCUACAGACCACUACAAUUACUUGUCGCGUCGGUGGGUCGCGCUGGCAGAUCCAAACGCCUCAUCCAAGUUUCGCAAACUUGCAUCCUAUUUCCCAAUGUUUAAAGAUUACCUGUUCACCAGUAAUGAUUCCUCACAACAGUUUACAUGGGCAGACGGUUCCCCAGUUAAGGUAGCCCCGGCAUCAGCAGCCCUUUCAUCAGAAAAACUACUACACUAUUUAACGAAAAACUCGACACUAUUAGAAUACCCACAAGAUACUCAGGUCUUUAAAAUUACCCUCCAGCCUAAUACUGAACUCUCAGACACUUCGGCAAACGUUUAUACAAUUGACAGCAAGGGCAACAUGGUUCCUCACCCAGACUUUACACCAAGGGAUAUCGCCAAGGUUUAUAAGGGCAUUGCAUACCGCCAGGUAGUAUCACUUAACCCUUCUACUGGAUACCUCAUGAAAACAUUUAAGCGCGUGGGUUGGGCCCGUUUUGUAGUUGUACGAGAUGGUAAAUAUCCUCUUGUCGAAGGUGCUUGGAAGGUUGACGACGAGGAAGGACUUGGAACACCCGCAGCUAUUUACCACAUUAAUCCUCGAGACACGUUUUCUGCAGUUGUGCAGACUGAAAACCUGGCACUCCCCAAGCGUGAUUACGAAAUUCUCGAAGAUGAGCAACUGCUGCUUGCAUCACUUGAAGACAUUUAUGGAGAUGAAUACACCCGAAUGGUUGUUUGGCGUGAUGCAGAUAUGAGCCCAGUUAUGUACCAGAACUUGCACUUGUUGGAUGACAAUUACCGCGACAAUAAAGAAUAUUCUCUUUUUGAGACAUGGUCUCAGGGGAAGUUUUCCAAACGCGGGUCGGUCGAUCUGUUUGAUGAAAAUGACUUUGAAGACCCGGAUUACUUGUUUCGGUACCAAACCCAACUCGGGGGGCCCUCGCUCUUUGGCCGCUCCGGAGAUACCAAUGAUACUGGCAGCCAAGGUUUUUCAUCCGGCAUGAAUCUGGCAUCCACAGUUGGAGAUACUUCGGGGUGCCCCUCACGCCGCAUGAUUGCGCUAGUGGGGCUGGCCGGUGACUGUUCACUGCUGUCAUCGUUUAACAGCACGUCAUCGACACGCGAAUGGCUUAUUAGCAUAGUCAACACUGCUUCACAGAUUUACGAAACCCAGCUCAAUGUGACUUUAGGCAUUUCAGCCCUUGUUCUUGUGAAUGAAACCAGCUGCCCCACGUCGUCAGACUCAAGCUCAUCUACACCAUGGAGUUAUGAUUGUUCAACCAAUGUGAAUACGUCAAUGAGUGAUCGCCUCGGGUUAUUUUCCGAAUGGCGCGGGAAACGCUCUGAUGAUGGCAUAGCCGUGUGGACUCUGAUGACGUCGUGCACCCAAUCUUCUGUAGUUGGUCUUUCGUGGAUGGGACUGCUGUGCGGUAACGGCGCCAGCGGCUCGUCGGUGGCAGGUACAAACGUUGUUGCUCGAACACAGGUUGGCUGGAGAGUUUAUGCCCAUGAAGUUGGUCACACAUUUGGCGCCGUCCAUGACUGUACGUCAUCAGCAUGCACUCAAAACUUGCAAGCUUCAUCUCAAUGUUGCCCACUGUCGUCAUCAACAUGUGAUGCUGCUGGUGCGUACAUUAUGAAUCCGGCAUCGAGCUCAAGUCAGGAUAAGUUUAGUGAGUGUACAGUGGGGAACAUUUGCGGUGCGCUGGGACGUAACUCUGUGAAUAGUACAUGUUUGACAUCCAAUACAGGCGUGAAGCUGGUAACAAGCAACGAGUGUGGCAACGGCAUUGUAGAAGAGGGAGAGGAAUGCGAUUGUGGCGGCACCGAGGGGUGCGCCGGUAAUUCAUGCUGCGACCCGACCACUUGCAAGUUUAAAAGCGGUGCGCAGUGUGAUGAUGCUAACGAAGAGUGUUGCUCCGGAUGCAAAUUCCAGUCUUCAAGCACAAUCUGCCGGGCAUCGACAGGGCCUUGCGAUUAUGAUAUUACAUGCCCAGGAGACUCGUCGACGUGUCCUGCAGCCAAGUAUAAGGAAACUGGAACGUCAUGUACGCUGAGCAACUCAACGUUUAAGAACUUGGAGUGUAUUUCGGGACAUUGUACGUCGCGAGACUUGCAAUGUGUGACACUGCUUGGUAACACGACGCUGACUCUGAACGGGAACGUGGUGAACGUAACACGGUCGUGCACGGACGAUUCAUCGUGUCAACUGUCAUGCGUAGACCCGACUUUCGGAAGUAUGUGCAUUCUAACCUCGCAGAACUUUUUGGAUGGUACACCGUGUAAAAGCACAGGGCGGUGUUCGAUGGGCCGGUGCAUUGGCGGGACAUCAUCUGGGAGUGGGAGCGGGUUUUUGGACGACCCAGGGUCGUGGUUAUCGAACCACAAGGGCACAGUUAUUGCAAUUUGUGUAUCGAUUGGAGCUUUCAUUAUCCUUAUGAUUAUAAUGUCUAUUUUCCGUCGUUGGUUCUACCGGUACCGUCAGCGCAAAAUGAUGGGAGCAGCAUUGGCAGCCAACGCAAGACCUAAACCUCCAGCCGGUGGUUAUGCUGUCCCCCCACCAUACGCUGCAGCUGGUAUUUAUACUCAACGUGCAAUGCACCCACCGCCACCACCACCACCACCCAUACAAAUGCGUCAUGCAUCGGCAUCGGCAUCGGCGUCAGUUGCACCCCCUGCUGCAGCAGCUCCCAGCCCGUGGGGGUCAGGUGCAGGGGCCUAUUCCAAUUACAAUUAUGGCGGCGGUGCGCCUACGGGAUAUUAUCCUGAGCAGCCGCAACAGCAGCAACAGCAGCAGCCACUGCAGCAGCAGCCACUGCAGCAGCAGCAACAGCAAUACGAGAUGAGUAAUUUGGGAGGGACAGCAGGUAACGGGUACAAUAGUAAUAGUAGCUAUGGCGGGUACCGUGGUCAGGGAAAUGAAUAUAAUUCUGAGCCGCUAGGAUCUAAUAACCCGUUUGCAAGCACGGAGAACAUUUCUCAACCUCAACCACCACAGUAUUCAUACACAUACUCUGGUCACCAGCGAUGA